AGAGCAUUCUGCAGCGCAGAGCGUGAGGGAAAAAGACAAAACCAGAAAAAGAAAAGUCAUCUCCAGGGCUCGAUCUAGCAACGAGUCUGUAGCAUGUAUAGCGUCGGACCCCCGAGCUGCAACCCAGAAAUGUACACUCGUGGGAAACCGCUUGCACCCCAGAGCCUGACCCAGCUGCAGGCUUCAACUCUGUAGGGGACGUGCAGCUCGUGAUCCAAGCCUAGGAGAAAGGACUUGCUGCCGGCUUUCAUUUCCUGGCUGAAGUUUCUCUCGUGGGUGCAGCGCCUGCAUCCCAGGGUGAUGAGGUUAGGGGCCCAGCUGCUAGAGGAGCCCUAGUGUUCGGAUAGGCAGCUGUGCCUCUGUGCCGGCCACCUUGGAUGCCAGUCCUCUCUCCAACUGCUAUGGACAACGGGUCGUGCUGUCUCAUCGAGGGGGAGCCCAUCUCCCAAGUGAUGCCUCCUCUACUCAUCCUGGUCUUCGUGCUUGGCGCCCUGGGCAACGGCAUAGCCCUGUGCGGCUUCUGCUUUCACAUGAAGACCUGGAAGUCAAGCACUAUUUACCUUUUCAACUUGGCUGUGGCCGAUUUUCUCCUCAUGAUCUGCUUACCCCUUCGGACAGACUACUACCUCAGACGCAGACACUGGAUUUUUGGAGAUAUCGCCUGUCGCCUGGUCCUCUUCAAGCUGGCCAUGAAUAGGGCCGGGAGCAUUGUCUUCCUCACUGUGGUGGCUGUGGAUAGGUAUUUCAAAGUGGUCCACCCCCACCAUAUGGUGAAUGCCAUCUCCAACCGGACUGCCGCCGCCACCGCCUGUGUCCUCUGGACUUUGGUCAUCUUGGGGACUGUGUAUCUUCUGAUGGAGAGUCACCUGUGUGUGCAGGGGACACUGUCGUCCUGUGAGAGCUUCAUCAUGGAGUCAGCCAACGGGUGGCACGAUGUCAUGUUCCAGCUGGAGUUCUUCCUGCCCCUGACAAUCAUCUUGUUCUGCUCGGUCAACGUUGUUUGGAGCCUGAGACGGAGGCAGCAGCUGACCAGACAGGCUCGGAUGAGGAGGGCCACCCGGUUCAUCAUGGUGGUGGCUUCUGUGUUCAUCACGUGUUACCUGCCCAGCGUGCUGGCUAGGCUCUACUUCCUCUGGACGGUGCCCACUAGUGCCUGUGACCCCUCUGUCCACACAGCCCUCCACGUCACCCUGAGCUUCACCUACCUGAACAGUAUGCUGGAUCCCCUUGUAUAUUACUUCUCAAGCCCCUCGCUCCCCAAAUUCUACACCAAGCUCACAAUCUGCAGCCUGAAGCCCAAACGCCCAGGACGCACGAAGACGCGGAGGUCAGAAGAGAUGCCAAUUUCGAACCUCUGCAGUAAGAGCUCCAUCGAUGGGGCAAAUCGUUCCCAGAGGCCAUCUGACGGGCAGUGGGAUCUCCAAGUGUGUUGAAUGCCAUUAAGACAAACAGCCCAACAACGAGGCAGAGAAAUGGGCAAUGUGAGUUAAAUCUGAAGGGUGGAGGACUUGAAGAUGUCCCCUCCCACUCUUAGCUGUAUCUUUCUCACUCAGGUAGAAAUGGGAUCCACCCUGCUUGACCUUUUCCAGAAGGUUCCAAACCGGUUGGUUGUGUUUAAAUACUCUGAUAGCAAUGGUGAAGGGGCAGCGUGUGAGUGUGAAGGAAACCGUGGGUGUCGGGUUAGGAACUACCUGGAGCCCGUGUCGCUUUGCAUGGCUGAGAAAAGCGGUAUGAGCCUGGCUGGGUCUUGUUCUAGCUCGGAGAGAGUUAACGAUCUCAAUAACUCGUCGGUAUUUCCUGGACUGAAAAAAAUAGAAACUGCACUGAGUCAAUACACUUAUUUCCAGCUGAGCGAGACCCUUUACUGCAGGACACCCGGACCUAGCCGUUUUUUUUAAAUCUUCCCUGGGGAGCCUCCACACAUUUCAAGGUUUGAACAUCCAGGUGGCCCAGGAGGGCAGCAAAAAGAAUCUAUUCUAACCUUGCUGGCGCCACGAUAUUUUGCUGAUUUUAAGUGGUUUCAUCCUUUGUUUUUCUUUUGUUUGCAUUUCAAAGAAGAUGCUGAGGGACUUGUCCACCUGAUAUCAGCUAUCGUUUCUCCAGUGGGAACUGAGAGCCUGUUUACGGCAGCAAUGGUGGGGGGGGGGUGCUUCCUGGUAUUUGGGAUGGGUUAAUUCAAGCAUGGUUGUUCUUCACUGCUUAAUGCAUGAAUUUGAGCUGAAAUCCUCCCUUCUCAAGUCUUUGUUUAAUCCACAGUAUGUUGUCCCACCCUGUCCAGCAUCCUCGUCUGUUUUGUCUUUGGUGCUGGGCAUUGAACUUGGGACCUUAUUCGAGCCAGGCAAGCACUGACCACUGAACUGCACUCCCAAACCCCUUGUGCCCCUUUUAGCUGUAGCGUUGUUAGCCAACUUUUGGGAGAAAGCAAAGCACUAGAGGUGGCAGCAACAGUUUAGCUCAAUGUCCUUUCAUCAGUGUCUAGACUUCUGGUCAGCCAUCCGGGUCUCCUAUUGGGGGCCUCCCUCAAGCACAUAUGUUCCCCCAAAUACUACCCAGAAUUCUCACAGCUAGGUGAUUCUGUGAAAGUCCCGGCUGCCCCUGUCCUGGAGAAGGAGAAAUAGAAUCCGUGUUAACCUUAGUCCCACUUUCAAGCCACAAAAGUGGUGACAGCCAUUCACUCUCUCCAGUUCCCAGGGUACUCUCCCCAGGGAAGGGACCUUGACAUUUAUGUCUAAAGACAUAAAUUAGAUGCUCCUCAAGGUUGUCCCUGUGGCUUCCUUUGCCAGAGGUGUUGAAGCCUAGGUGCGAAAAUCAGUCUGACUGCAGGGCUGGUGAGAAGGCUCAGUAGGUAAACAGGUCUGCCGCCAAGCCACCAACCUGAGUAUCCCUGAGACCCAUGUGGUAGGAGAACACCAAAUCCCAAAGGUGGUUCUGUCCUCCACCUAUGUUCACGCAUGCGCACAUGCACGCAUGCGCACGCGCGCACACCCACCCACCAAAUACAUUAAUGCAAUAAAAAUUUUAUUGGCUACACGGUCAAGUUUGAAUCUUAGUUUAAAUGCUUAUUAGACAUGUGCUCGUAGGGAAGACUUUAUUUAACCCCACUCAGUUUUGAUGUUCAGCAGGGUUAAUACUGAUGCCAAAGGGUUUGGGAGCAAAUUCAAUGACUGUACACUCAUAAGCAUGAGAAAUCUGUUGUUCCCAGGUCUGCCCGGAAGAAGACCAUGUGCGUGUAGUAGUUGAUAAAUAAAUAGUUGCUGAACAACUA